GUUCACGUACCCGUUGCUGUAUCAAAAAGAAAUAUAAAAACCGUGUAUUGUGCUAUCAAAUCAUAAUAAACAUAAACUUACCAAGUUCAUAAUUACCCUUAAUUGUGGACACAGUGUUCAGUGCAGUGUAUACACCAGAAAAACCACAAUAAAUAGUCACUAUCAAUAAUAUUUAUUUAUUCACGGUCGUAAUCAUAAACUUAAUACAAAAAGUACCGUCAAAACAAAAUACAAACAUAAACAAACAAGCAUCUAUUGGCAAACAUUGUCAUUACUAGACUGUCGAUAUGGUGGGGUCAAAGUCGAAGUGCGGUGCGUGCGGGAAGUUUCUGGCUAGUGUAGAUGGCGUUAAUUGCGCAUGCUGCACAAAGCUGUACCACCGCGCGUGUGUCGGCUUGCCUGCUGGCGCGGUGGCGGGCCGGACUUGGAAGUGUCCUGAGUGCACAUCCAAAGUCCCGAGGGCAAACCAGGAUAGCACCCCUGUAAGAGCCCCUGCCGUGUCACCACCGCUUCACCAGUCGUGUGGGGAGAGCCCGCAGGCGGGACCUACCUUGGACACUACCAUCACAGAGUUCCGGGAGUCCGAGCUAGCUCUGGAGUUUCGGCAGUUCCGGGAGGAGAUGCGGCAAACGCGUGGCGAGAUUCGUGCAUUCCGACAGGAUAUGCAGGAGCUCAGGAUGGCGGUCGGUGCCUGCGAUGCGCGUCUCGACAAGCUGGAGACUCGCCUGAUGGAGUUGGAGCAGAGGAAGGGUGGGGAGGCUGGUGGGGUGGUCAAGGCGCUGGAGUCUACAGUCGCCCAACUAAAAAUGGAGCUUAACGAUAGGGACCAGGAGCUCCUGUUAAAUGAUGUGGAGCUAUCUGGUAUUCCAGAGGUAGGUGGAGAAAACCCUGUCCACCUGUUUGCUCUUUGCGCUGCCAAGCUUGGUGUGACGUUGGACGAGCGUGAAGUGGUGAGCUGUGCCCGGGUGGGAGUCACCCGCGCGGCGGAGCGGGGAGCAGCGCCGCGGCCGCGCGCCAUCGUCGUGCGACUAGCUCGCCGCGCGCCCCGCGAUGCGCUGCUACGAGCAGCGCGCGUGCGCCGCACUACCACCACCGAGGGGCUCGGCCUGCAGGGUGCCCCGCAACGAUUUUACGUCAACGAACGAUUGACCAAAACUAAUCGCCACCUUUUCUACCGGGCUCGCGAAGCAGCAAACCGGUUGGACUGGCGGUUUGUUUGGUCAAGAGACGGAAAAAUAUAUUGUCGUCGAGCAUCUGGAUCCGCUGGACACCGAAUCCGAUCGGAAGCCGACAUUCUAUCGGUUUUUGGUCCCGGCUACAGCAAGGAAGAAGCCGUUAUUAUGAAGUAACGAUAUUUUCCGGUUGUACUGAAUGUAUUUUGCUGUCGUUUACUGGUGUUCAUUGUUUACUGUUUGUUACUAUUUGUGUGUGUAUUGUAUCUUUACAAAGUCGUUAUGACUCAUUUGGU